AUGUUCUUGCACUGCGCACUUCCAUUCUUACUGCUUGUGGGGACCGGUGCCGGCCCGCUGCCGCCCAUUCCUGACGCGUACUGGGCGGCGUUGGGCUACAGUCCUCCGUCCCUGGAGCUAGCCGUCGUGGAGCAUGACCCCGCAGUGGCUGCCCUGCAGCGGGAGUUCGGCCUCCCUCAGACCGGGCUCCUAGACUCCGAGACGGUUGCAGCCGCGAGGCGCGGCCGAUGUGGUGUAUCCGAGUCCUCGCUGUGGCGCCCUGCGCGGUCGGCGCGGUGGGCGCUGGUGGGGUCACGCUGGCGCAAGGCGGUGCUCACGUACAACGUGACGCGGUACCACCCGGAGGUGGCUGAAUCGCGGGUCGACGCGGCCUUGGGGCAGGCCGUGGCGGCCAUACAGGCCGUCUCGCAGCUCCGCCUGGAGAGGGUGGCUGCUGGUGGAGGGCCCCCUGAUAUUGAGGUCCGGUUCGAGGAAGACCACCAUCCCUUCUGCUUGGCGCGGUUCGGCCCCGGCGUGAUGGCUCACGCGUGGAGUCCGGACAUUGGCGGCGAUGUCCACGUGCGGCUUGACCAGGAUUGGGGCGCGGAGAGUCUGGA